AUGAAAGAAUCCUUCAUUUUCAGUCCUUUCUUCUUCUUGUUUUUAGGUUUGUUUUUGGGAUCUGCAAAUUCACAAGAUUCAUGCAAUUCUCCCCUCAGCCUCGAAGGGUCUGUUCCCUUUGAUACAACCUCUCUUCAAUGUGUCUCAGUCUGGCCUUCUCAACUUUUCAUUCUCAGAUAUAAACAAGAAUCAACAAAUGUGUGGAACUUUCUGCUAUCAGCACCCAACUCUAAUGCAUACAUUGGGAUAGGGUUUUCACCCAAUGGCAAGAUGGUGGGGUCAAGUGCAUUAGUCGGGUGGGUUCAAUCAGAUGGUACUUCCGAUAUGAAAAUGUACUAUUUAGGAGCCCAAUCACCGGAUCAAGUGAUCGUCGUCAAAGAAGGAAACUUAAAAUUGGGGAAUUCAUCCAUGAACGUUCAAUCGAAUCAAAUUUACAUGGCAUUUCAGUUGAUCGUCGAUGCACCGCAGAAGCAGUUGAUAUACUCGGUCGGGCAACAGAAUCGCCUCCCCUCCGCCCCAAACUUCGCCUUGAUGCAACAUCGGGAUCAGAUCUCUACUCGUUUGAAUUAUGCCACAGGUCAAUUUCAAAAAGAAAAUCCAGAUGCUAGUCUGAAGAGAAGCCAUGGGAUCUUAAACAUGCUUGGAUGGGGCAUUUUAUUGCCAAUUGGUGCAUUGGUAGCUAGGUACAUGAGGCAGUGGGACCCAAUCUGGUUUUAUUCUCAUUCAAUAAUCCAAUCAUUUGGAUUCAUACUUGGAGUUGCUGGUGUAAUUUGUGGACUCGUCUUAGAGGAUCGUCUCGGAGCAAAUGUUAAUAAGCACAAAGGCCUUGGCAUCUUCAUUCUUACACUUGGUUGCCUCCAGGUUAUCGCAUUCUUGGCUAGACCGAACAAGGAGUCAAAGGUUAGAAAAUACUGGAAUUGGUACCAUUUCAGUGUAGGAAGGGUUCUAAUAUUUUUGGCAGCAGUGAAUGUGUUCUAUGGGAUUCAUUUAGGCGACGCUGGAACUGGGUGGAAUGCAGGUUUUGCUGUUGUGCUUGUCACAUUGUUCAUUGUUGGUGCCCUUUUAGAGCUUAGGGUGAGGAUGAGAAAAUGA